UUUGUUUAAGUUUCAGCCUGAUUGAAGCGGCUUAUGCUGGAGUUAAAGUUCCAGCAGCAGCAGUGCCAGAGACCUCAGGACUGCUGCCCAAUCCAACCGAUUUGCUGCCCAAUGUGACAAACAUUUUCAAGCAGUUUGCCGACCUGAUGGGGAACGGCCUCUGCGGCAUUGACCUGGAGCACCUGGUCACCAAUGACCCGGAUGAGAAGCGAUCCACGUGCGAAAUAAUCGAGGCAAAGGGCUUUCCCUGUGAGCGGCACAAUGUGACCACCUACGGCGGCUACAUCAUCGAGCUGCACCGAAUUCCCGCCCAAGGUCCUCAGGCCUCAAAUAAAACCAAAAGACCGGUCAUCGUUCAGGCAGGCCUGUGCGAAAUAAUCGAGGCAAAGGGCUUUCCCUGUGAGCGGCACAAUGUGACCACCUACGGCGGCUACAUCAUCGAGCUGCACCGAAUUCCCGCCCAAGGUCCUCAGGCCUCAAAUAAAACCAAAAGACCGGUCAUCGUUCAGGCAGGCCUGGUGGGCACUUCCGCUGACUUUAUCAUUGGCUCUGCCACCUUUGAUGCGACCAACACUUCUGAAAUGAGCGGAAACCUUGGAUUGGAACUCGCAAAGCGAGGCUACGACGUUUGGCUGUCAAACAAUCGGGGCGGAAAGUACGGCAUGGCCCACCAGACCCUGUCAGCAAAAGACACCAAAUUUUGGAAGUGGACCUUUGAGCAGAUGAGCGAACAGGACACGACGGCCAUUGUCGACUUUGUCCUCGCAAAGACCGGCGCUGAGAGGCUCCACUACGUCGGGCAGUCGCAGGGAACGGCGCUGAUGUGGGCGUUGCUGGCGACCAAUGAGACGAUUAAUGCCAAACUGGCCAGUUAUGUGGCCAUUUCUCCGAUCACCAGGCUAGGCAAUGCCAACACCACCGGACGGGCUUUUAUCAACAUCUUUGAGCCGUUGCUUGAACACGAUGGACCGAUCUUUACGCCUAAUAAAGUGCUCGAUGGCGCCGUUUCACUUGCUUGUGACGCCUUUGGCUCCCGGAUUGCCUGCAAGCUGGUACUCUUCUCGCUGACCGGGCCAAACUGUGAUGAGCUAGAUGAGUCUCGAUUGGGCGUCAUCAUGGGCCACAUGCCCACUAGCACCUCCCGUCGAAACCUGCUCCACUACAAACAACUGAUGGACACUGACCGCUUCAAGCGGUACGAUACUAAUCCGCUGCUGCCUACCGCCAAGGACUAUCCCCUUGAUAAGAUCAGCCUGCAGCCGAUUCUGGUCAUCUACGGCCCCAACGACUGGGUGGUGCCGCUGGCCGGCGUUGAGAAGCUGAAGAAGGACCUUCCGGGGCGGACUUUUUAUGCGCUCAGCAAUCCGCAGGCAAAUCACAUCGACCCGCUGGUGGGAAAGCGGUCCGCUCCGGAGACCAACUGGCAGGUGGCGCGCUAUAUUGAGCAGAAAGAUUGA